GAUGGAGGAAGAAAGUGCUGUUUUGAUGGAAGGAGUGGAAAAUUUUGGUUCUUCUACAAAUUUAGAGCAAGAUGAUUCUCGGUAUCAAGCGGUUCAAGAGCAGUCUACUCAACUUCCGCAGGGUAGAUGA